AUGGAGCCAAGAGCAGCUGCUAUGCUAGUCGGUGAAAGUAAUCAAAUUUUGUCGAAGACUAAAAUACAGCUUGGAAUUUUCAUAGGAGAUUGUGAUUCUUGUACCAUCCAGUCAGCUCGUAAUGCUGUAGAUUAUGAAAUAGUCAAGCGAGAUGAUACCAACCACACUGCUAACACAUUAACUUCGCAGUUAUAUAAAAAUAUUAAAAAAUUUAAGGAAUUGAAUUCCAACAGCAUCAAAUAUCUCAGUAAGUGCUUCAACUAUGCCGUAGCGCAGAAUAAAGGCGAUAUUAGCAAAUUGGCUGACGCGAUUAGGAAUAUCCCAUACCAUUCUUUCAAUAUGCAUCGACAGUGCGGAGAUUGGUGUUGCUAUUCUGAAGAUCCAGAAGCAUAUAAGCAUUCAGCUAUUGGAGAAGGGUUUCAAGAUCCCUAUUUAUUUGAUUAUCUUUUAGAUAUUUUCGACGUGAUGGCCAAUAAGGCUAGUAGUUUCGCUGCAGGAGUAUCAAGCAAUACUAAUGAGAGUUUUAAUGCCAUGGUCGCAAGUAAAGCUCCCAAAGCACACUUAUAUGGUACUUCGAUAUCAUAUAAUACUCGAGUUGGCUUGGCUGUCUUGAAGAAAAAUGAAGGUGAACAGUUUUUAAUACAAUUAUUGCAUAAUUGUAAUUCAUCUCCAACGAAAAAACUGAGGAAAUACUAUGCAAAUGUAGAUACAUAUCAUAAAAAAAGAUAUACUAAAGCUAAUACUACUACUUUCAAGCGGCGACGUUUAUUAUUAAAACAGCAAAAGUCGGAACUUAGGCAUAAAGUUGAGUUGACGGAGGGUACUACUUAUAAAUCCAAAGCUUUUUUGGUGGAUAAUAUAACAGCGAGUAUUAAAGUAGCUUCUAUAAAGGAAUCCUUAGAAGUCAUUGUUGUAUUAUUCGAUUUAGAGACGGGAAGUUUAUCUGGUAACUGUGAAAUAUUACAAAUUGCUACAAAACAUGAAAAAUAUGAUUUUAGUACUUACAUUAAACCUACUAAAAAAAUUUCUGAUAAAUCUAGCGAGGUACAUGGUUUAAUAUUAAUUGAUGGUUGCAUGAGAGCCCAUGGAAAAAAGGUUGUUGCAGUCACUCUACCAGAGGCAUUGAUAGGGCUAUAUCAAUUUUUAUUUGCAUUUAAAAAAAAGUGCGUUUUGACAGCUCAUAACUGUGCUUUUGAUUGCCCCAGAUUGAUAAAGGGUGUUGAUAAAACUUUCUUAACCAAGUAUUUUCAAAGUAUUGUUUUCGGAUUUUCAGAUACAUUACCUAUCGUACGUGGUAUGUCAAAUAUAAAAGGUGCUGGGCAUAACAAACUACAAAAUAUUGCUGCACGUUUGAAGAUAGAAGGUUAUGCAGCUCAUGAUGCUUUAGAUGAUAUAGCAAUAUUAAACGAAAUUUUAACCAAGUUGAAAAUUACUAACGAUGAAAUGAAAAAUCAUGCUAUACAAUGGUCUGCUGAGAAAGAUAAAAUUGCUUUGACUGAUAAGUGUCAAUCCAAUAUGAAAUUGUACGACGAAUUGAAAACCUGUACAUCAGUACAAAUGAGAAAAAAAAUGAUCGCAUGUGAUAUUAGUGUAGAUAUGAUUAUUGAUAAUUAUAAACAAGAAGGAUAUGACGGGUUAUCACGUUUAUUAGGCCGUGAUGAAAACGGCAAGGUCCGUGUAACGAACAAUAAGAAUGUUAUAUACAAAAUUAUUAAUUACUUGAAAAGCAAGUAUUAA